AUGAGAGCAGAAGCAAAUCAGCGAGAUCUUGACAAAUGCUGUCAGUAUCAUCGUACCCACGGCCAUGACACCAAUAACUGCUACCAGCUGAUUAGCGAGAUAGAAAGGCUCAUAAAGAGGGGACACCUCAGGAACUUUGUGAAGAAGCUGGAAGGAGAAAGGCCUCAGUCGAACCCUGCAGCACAAACACCCAGGAGGACGGGAGCAGGACCGGUAAAUGAUGAUUCUAGUGGGACCAUCAACAUGAUUGUAGGAGGAACUGGAGGUCGGAUGAGUCGCAGAGGAAAGAAGAGAGGCCGAGACGGGGAGGGCAGCAGUACCGAGGUCAUGCAGAUAGUUGACCAUUCUCUAAUGACCAUCUCCUUCUCGUCGGAGGAUGCUCAGAGCGUUCAAAUGCCUCAUGACGACGCUCUCGUUAUUGAAGCCGUCAUCCACAACUACCGGGUUAAGAAGAUCUUGGUGGAUGACGGGAGUUAA